AUGUUGAAGCAGGCGAUCCCGACAGAGUUCGUCACGGAAUUGACGGGGGAUGACGUGAGCGUUGAGGGCUUUGAGAAGCUCGUGGAAGAGCAAGAGACGCUGGCGCUGCUGAUCUCCAAGCACAAGCACGCGACGCCCAUGUACCGAGCGCUGGCGACGGAGUUCAGUGGCCAAGGACUGCGGUUCGUGUUCCUCAACAAGGAGGAGGAAGGAGCGGAGGAGAUAAUAAAGGCGCUGAAAGUGGAGGAGUUUCCGGCCAUGAUGGUGCUGAGGUCCAUGACGGAGCAUGUGGUGCUCAAGCCGGAGAACUCCAAGACAUACCAGGAGCUGAAGGGCUUUGUCGAGCCGUUUGCGCAGCAGGAGACCAAGAGCAGCGGCGUGAAGAGCGACAAGAAGGGCCAGCACAGCGGUUCCAAGUAUAUCAGGUUCUUCACUGGAAAAGAUUUCGACGACUUGGUUAUGAAGUCGGAUGUGGUCUGGAUUAUCGAGUUCGUGGAUGCAGAGCGGGAGCAGGCGUUGACGGAGGAGGAGUGGAAGAAGGCUCUGACGGAACUGCAUCGCAAGGCUGGUGUCGUGGCACUUGGCGCGGUUAGCUGCGAGAAGGAAGCUGAGUUGUGCGAACGCUAUGGCGGGCCUGGGGUACGUAUCUUCCCGCUGGGGCUUACGGAUGCGAAGACGUUAAAGCGUGGCGAUAUGCUUCCUGAAACGUUUACAACGAUUGAUGAGGCAAAGGAGACGGCUAUCGCAUCAAUCCCGGAUCUCACCGUUACUAUUGAGUCUUCAGCCGACCUGAACGCGUUCAUUGCUAACGCCAGAGGUGACCACGCCCUGCCCAUUUUGCUCUUUACGUCGAAGAAGGCCACUCCGCCAACGAUGAAGGGACUUCUGCAUUCAGUUCCGUCGCAAAAGAUUAAGCUGGCGAUUAUCCGUGACGCCGAUGAGGAUUUGAAAAAGCAGUUCUUGGUCAAACCGUCGGCAAGUACGUCGCUGGUGUGCUUGGUGCCCACUAAAGCUAACCCGGAGGACCCCACUUCUGCGCCGUUUGGAGUCGUCGCUUACGAUAAAAAGACGAUGGGCUCGUACACGUACCCGAACGUCAUGCAGUUUAUCUUGCAGGUGCUUGCACAGUACCCUCACCCCCGGGACGUCAAGCCUGAUGAAGAAACCAUCGACUUGUCGUCGCUGGAAGCGUCUUCAACCAGCUCGCUCGUGCCGUAUCUGACCAAGGAAAACAUGGAGGACCUCUGCGGCGGCAACAAGAUCUGCGCCAUUGGUUUCUUCGAGGACCACGUAGACACGCUCAGCGACCCCGAUUCCCGACUCGCAAAGUGGUGGAGCACCUUCGCUCAAGUGGCUGCCCAGAGCAAGCAGCACCGGGAGCCAUUCCACUUCAUGUGGGUCAAUGGCAAGUGCCAGAAGGCUUUCGCUGAAGCUUUCGGUGUUGGUCUCUUCCAGAUGCCCACAGUUGCUGUGUACUCUCCUUCCAAGCAACGCUACGCGACCAACGUGGGGCUCUUCGACGAGGAGAACGCAGCGGCGUUCCUGAAGAGCGUGCUGUCAGGCAGCAUCGGAACGGCGCCGAUCGGAGACGAGCCCGAGCUCGGCGAGGAGUGCUCGUUCGACGAGAUCCAAGAAGUGGCAGUAGGAGCUGACGGCGUUGCUGAAGACGACGAAGACCUCGACGACAUGCUGAGCGAGAUCCUCUCGGACGAGAAGCAGCAGCGCGACGAGCUCGAGAAGGAGCUCAAGGCCGAGCAGAAGCAGUCCAAGAAGGGCAAGAAGAAGCACAAGUCCAAGAAGAAGAAAUCCAAGAAGAAAAAGGCGCCGCGCGACGAGCUGUAG